CCUCAUCCUGCAAUCUGAAAACUCCAAUGAAUGUUUUCAAUGUCCUUUUAGUGGACUUUCACCCCUCUCUCUCUCUCUCUCUCUCUCUCUCACGAAAUGAUGGAGGAAACAACAUGGGAGCAAAAAAUCCAAGCUCUAACCCACAUACUAACCCACCCCACAACCACACCAACCCUCCAUUCUCAACUCUUCAUAUCCUCACAAAUCCCAUGUUACCUAAAUUGGGACUACCCACCUCUCCUCUGCCCCAAAUCCACCACCACCUUCCCUCCCUUGCACCUAAGGUGGGCUUUCUCUCUCUUCCUCAAAAGGGUAUCAAGAUUUGGGCUCCCCCACACCUCUUGGAGGUCCAAGUGCCCAUACCAACAACCACCACCAUUGAUUCUUGCCAAAGGAUUGGAGGAAGCUAAGUGGGAUGAUGAAGAGAAGAGAGAGUAUGUGAGAAAGAGGUUGAGAAGAAAGAGGGUUGGAAGUGAUGUCCAUCCUUUGAUUCCUAUUUUGGUCCCUAAUCUCUUGUUGUUCUCUCUUUUGCUUUGGAACCCAUUUCCCUUGGACGAAUCCUAAAAAAAAAAAAAACAAAAAAAAA